AUGACGUUAUUCAAAAUAGAGCCAUGUUAUGUGCGGGUUAUUCGUCCUGCCAACACUGACAAAUGCCACCUUAGCUUCACCACAAAACAGAUUUUCAUUACAGACUUGACUGUAACAUUAUCUGCUCUUACAACGCCAACAGCCUGCAAUGACAGCCCCAGUGCUAACUGUUCUCUCUACAACGCCACAGUGAUAUGUGAUCUACACGGUGCUUAUUACCUCUGGGCAAGGAAGCACUGUCCUUUAUUUUGUGGAUUUUGCCACGUUGUUACGUGCAAUGAUAAUCCAAGUGCUAACUGUGCUCUUUAUAAUUCAACUGCAAUUUGUGAUGUGAAUGGUCAAUACUAUAAUUGGGCCAGAAGGAAUUGUGAGAAGACCUGUGGAUUCUGUCAAGUUGGAACACCUCAAGGAAGCACUAGAUCCACCACUGAAGUGUCUAGUUUUGCUGUACCUGAAGCUUGUAGAGAUACUUUGAAUUGUAAAGUGUACAAUUCGGAGAAGAUUUGCAACAAAACCGGAAUAUACUUUCCAUGGGCAACGACAAAUUGUCCGCUUUACUGCGGAUUCUGUCAAGCACCGACAACAACAAUAGCGUGCCAGGACAAACUUUCCAAUUGUAACGAAUAUCAAAGUAAUUUAUGCACCGAGCCUCUUUAUCGUUUAUGGAGGGAAGAAAACUGUAGAAAAUUUUGUGGAAUUUGCACAGGGACUGACUCAGUGAUAGACCCUUCUUCAGCGCUUGGAUGAUAUCUUCGGGAAGAGUUUUAUAAAAGAGCAUAAUACUGUAUUCAAUUUUAUCA